CCAGAGCCAGAGUGGGCUGUCACUUUGGAAUCCAUCAACCACCUUUGUGCUCACCAUCAAGAAUAUAGAACACGCCCACUUCCCUCUUCUCUCCCCUCCCGGCCCCACACCCCUCGUCGCUAUGGGAUCCCUCCAGCGGCAAUCAGACUAUGGCAUCCACGAGGUAUGGGCAGACAACCUCGAGCAGGAGUUUGCCGCCCUCCGCGCCGCCAUCGACCAGUACCCCUUCGUCUCGAUGGACACCGAGUUUCCAGGCAUCGUCGCGCGACCGAUCGGCAGCUUCAAGACGGGCUCAGACUACCACUACCAGACGAUGCGGUGUAACGUCGACAUGCUCAAGAUUAUCCAGCUGGGCGUGACGCUAUGCGACGAGGACGGCCACAGCCCCGAGGGCAUGACCUGGCAGUUCAACUUCCAGUUCAACUUGAACGACGACAUGUACGCGCCCGAGUCGAUUGACCUGCUCAAAAACUCGGGAAUCGACUUCAAGCGCAACGAGGAGGACGGCAUCGACGUCGAGUACUUUGGCGAGCUGCUCGUGACCUCUGGACUCGUGCUGUUCCCCAACGUCAAAUGGGUCUCGUUCCACUCGUGGGUUGCACAUAGAAGAGACAUGCUAACCCCCAGCGGCUACGACUUUGGCUACCUCCUGCGCAUCCUGACGUGCGAGCCGCUCCCAGCGACGGAGAACGACUUUUUCCGCCUCCUGUUCAUCUGGUUCCCUUGCAUCUACGACAUCAAGCACGUUGUGCGCUCUGUAAAGACGCUGAGGGGCGGUUUGCAGGAGAUUGCCGAGUCUCUUGGAGUCCAGCGGAUAGGCCCCCAGCACCAGGCCGGGUCCGACUCUCUCCUCACGGCGGCCGUCUUCUUCAGGAUACGCCAGACGUACUUCAACAACGAGCUCGACGACAACUACUACAAGAACUACUUGUACGGCUUCUCGUCUGGCCGCACCCGCCCACCAGGGGAGACGACCAAGCCGCCGUCGCCGACCCCCGCGGCCCAGCUCCUGAGUGGAGAAAAGCCAUACUAAUCGCGCCCUCCGCAUCUCUGUGGCCUACCACAUAGGAACUCGCUGUACAACCCCCACUCCCUCGCCUGAGCCUCCAGGGGAUGCCCAGUGCCACCUGUACAGAUACCCCUUGUACUCCCCGUGAUACCCUGACACCAGUCAGACAUUGCAUAUGCGACGUCGUCGUGCAUCUA